UAUAUGCUAAGUAAUUGUCACUAUGGAGAUGAAUGUAUUCAUGGCCAAAUUUCCCAUAAUCAGUUUAAUGGUGAUUAGCUUUGUCAUAAUGCUGCGAGACUUUUUUUCAAUGCUAAGGUAUGUUCCAAAGCUAUUUCACCGUUUCAUUUGUUCUAACGUCGAAUAUUAUGAGAAGCAAUUGUGCAUAUUGGAUCUGAUGGUAGCAGCUAAAGCUAUGCUACUUAAUAAGAGGACUAACUACGCCGCUGUUGCUGAUGAUGGUGGUGAUCAUCAAACGCAGAAUGAACUUGGUCGUUUUGAUGCAAAAAAAGACAACAAAAUGUGUUUAGGAGAUGUGAAAAGGGUCAUAAUGGAGGAAUUAGUACUGCUAGAGAGUGACGAAACGACAACGUUUUGUGGGGAAGAGGAAGGAGAUUAUGAAGAAGAUCAUGGCGAGGAAGUGAAUCGGGAAGAACUGAGGGAAGCUUUUGGUGUGUUUGAUGAGAAUAAAGAUGGGUUUAUUGAUGCAAGAGAAGUGAAGAGAGUUUUACAUGAAUUGGGUUUUAUGGAACCUUCUGAAGCCGAAUGCCAAUCCAUGAUCAGAACUUUCGAUAAAAAUCAAGAUGGAAAGAUCAAUUUUGAAGAAUUUGUUGAAAUAAUUGAAGCGGAUACCUUUCACUAAAUGGGUCAGAACUUCAUCAAGUGUCACACCCAAAUAAAAUCAUCACUAAGUUCUUUAUCCUCCAAUCAUGGCUUUUUAAGAUUCGUCUCUUCGCACAUGUCUACCUGAUGAGGAGCUAUUGCUAUUUUUGUUUUAUUGUUUUCUUUUCAAGUUUUUUUUUUUUUUGCGAGUGUAAAAAAAAUCAGAACAAUAUGUUAGGUUUUCUGCAUUCUUUAAUUAUGAUGGUGAUCUCACUCUUGGUAGAUCACUCCGAUGUGUUUGCAAUUUGUCCAAGCCCUCUUUCUAAAAAGGAAAUUUACUCAUUUUGAACAUUGUCUUCCAAAGUAUGGUUUUGUUA